UUUUGAUUCACUCUUCCUCACCGCGCCUCACUGUGUCCUACCUCACUCCUGUAACACGAGGAUUUUUUUUUUUAAAACAACUACCUUUUUUUUGUAAAGUUAUUUUUUCCUCAACAAAAAUGGCCGAUACAGCUGUAGAUACGACCACUGCCACAGAGAUUACCGCAAAGGAACUGAAGGAGAAGAAAGAAGUUGUGGAGGAGGCGCAGGAGGACAAGAAAGAGAAUGGCACCGGAGACGCACCUGCUAAUGGUACAGAGACUAACGGUGCGUCUCAUGAAGAAACCAACAAAGAGGACAAAGCAGCUGAAGAGCCUGCAGAGGGGGAGGGGGAAGAGGAGAAGGCUGCUGAAGAGGAAGCAGAUGGGCAGGCAGUGAAACGUCCUGCAGAGGAGGAGGAGUCAGUCGAAACAAAGAAACAGAAGACAGAUGAGAACGGCGAGUCCACAGAAGCUGAGGCCAAAGCGACGGCUUAGUGUUUCCUCAGCAGUUCUGUUCGGUCAGUCUGACCUCUUAGUAGAGUUUGUGCUUCUGUGUAUAUUUUUAUUAUGUUUUCGCCCUGCCCCUUCUGAGAUACUCGAUCACAGCGAAGCCUAUAACAUCAUGACCCCCUUCCCCCUGUUUAUAUGGUGUUAUUUAUUGGUGUAGGAACAACACGUUAGAGUUCUGAUAGAAAAAAAAAUUUUUUUCUUAAUGCUCAAGCUUAAACGUGCAAGCACAUAUUCUACUGAGGUUUUUUUUGACCAGCAGAGAGGAAACACCCAUAAAAUCUUGCAAGUCGCCAUAUAUAACGUACCCUUUUUUUUCCCCUUCAUGUUCUGACGUUUAUAUGGAUGGUCAUAUAAUUCAGAUUCACUUAAGACCAAAGAUAAAAGUUUUAAGCAGGGGCUAAUGGACAACAUUUUGAUUCUGGUUGUUUUCUGCUGCUAGUAGUUAAUCCCUUGCUUUGGCUUAUCUGUUAACACAACAGAUGGCAUCCAUGAAUGGGUCUCCUUAUUGUGCAAGAGUUGAGAAGAAAAGAUAACUUUGUCCUUUCCUGGCUAGCUUAUGUUAAUUAACCCCUCUUAAACCUUAACGUUUUUGGUCUUUUGUUUCAUAUGCAUUCCAAAAAAGGUUUGUACUUUUUCACGUCCUUAUGUACAGUUUGGGUUGUUUUUGUCACCUUUUUUAUAAAUUUUUUUUGUAUGGGCAGUGCAGGAUGGGAAGCAGUCAACAUGCAGGCACUGGUGUUUUAGGUCUUGGUUGCUUUUGACCACUGCUUUGUAUAUUCUGGUUCAAGCAUAUAAAUAAAAUCACAUCUUUUUAAA